AUUCCUUCCAGACCCCAAUGAUGGCAGCCUGUAUAUCCUGGGAGGAAAGAACAAAGAAGGCUUGAUGAAGCUGCCGUUCACCAUCCCGGAGCUGGUGCAGUCCUCGCCGUGCCGCAGCUCAGAUGGAGUGCUCUACACCGGGAAGAAGCAGGACACCUGGUUCAUUGUGGACCCCAAGUCAGGGCAGAAGCAGACCACCCUCUCAACAGAGGCCUGGGAUGGUCUGUGCCCAUCCAGCCCCUUGCUCUACAUUGGACGGACCCAGUACAUCAUCACCAUGUAUGACACCAAGUCACGGGAGCUGCGCUGGAAUGCCACCUUCUCCGAGUACUCGGCCCCGCUCUGCGAAGAGUCCUACCACUACAAAAUGGCACACUUGGCCUCCAGCGGGGACGGGCUGGUGGUGACCCUGGACAAGGAGAGCGGGGAGGUCCUGUGGGCACAGAACUACGGCUCACCUGUGGUUGGCAUCUACCUGUGGCACCAGGACAGCCUGCGCCGCCUCCCCCACCUCAACCUGGCCAUGGAGACCCUGCGCUAUCUGACCUUCCAGUCGCAGGACAUCCACGUCCUCAAGUGGAGCUACCAGUCUGUCAAGGACUUCGCCGCCACCAAGACCCAGCUGCUGCCGGCGCUCUACGUGGGAAAGCACGCGACCAGUUUCUACGCCGUGACCUCGCUGGUGCACGGCAGCGUGGCGCUGGUGCCCCAGGGCAUCACGCUGGCCAGGAUCGACGGCCCCACCACAGACGACGUGACCGUGAGGGAGUCCGGGGAGUGCGAGAUCACGCCCAGCACGGACGUCAAGUACCCGCAGGGCAGCAUCACCUCCCUUCCCAACCAGUGGCUCCUCAUAGGGCACCAUGAGCUGCCUCCUUUGGUCCACACCACGAUGCUGCGAGCCUUCCCAGAGAACCUGAGGAAAACCACAGAAACCAUCAUCCCCAGGGCUCCUCCCUCCAGGACCAUGUUCAACGAUUUCCUGGCCCCGAGCAGCCCGGAGGAGCCAGCUGUGCGCAGCGAGGGGCAGCUCCAGCCAGACCCCGCGCCGGGUGAGCAGGUGGAGGUGUACCCCGAGUCUGGCACCUGGGACCUGGUGAUGGCUGGCAUUGGCACCGCUCUGCUGGGCGGGGGAAUCCUGGUCCUGUUGCUCACGAAACUGCAGCGGCAGCAUGUGGUGCAGCAGCAGCAGCUGGAGGAGCAGAUACAGCUCCUGAAGCAGCAGCAGGAGUUGCUGCGCUCGGGCCGCGUCUCCAGGGAGGGCGUCCCUGAGGAGCCCAGGGAGCUGGAGCUGAGCCAGGGAAGUGCAUCAGAGCUCUCGCAGAGCUCCAGCCCCUCUGCCUGCCUGAAGGACCUGGCUAAUGGGACAGUCAGCCCAGAGCCAGCUGCCCCAGUGGCUGCUGAAGAUGCAGAACCAGACCUGGUUGUAGUUGGGAAAGUUUCUUUUAACCCCAAGGACGUGCUGGGCCAUGGAGCUGGAGGAACCUUUGUUUUCAGGGGGCAGUUCGAGGGCCGCCGUGUGGCCGUGAAGCGCCUCCUGCCCGAGUGUGUCCACCUGCUGGACCGUGAGGUCCAACUGCUCCGGGAGUCGGACGAGCACCCCCACGUCGUCCGCUACUUCUGCAGCGAGAGGGACCGGCAGUUCCACUACAUCGCCAUCGAGCUCUGCUCCGCCACGCUGCAGGAGUACGUGGAGAGCCCCAGCUUUGAGCGCCGUGGGCUGGACCCGGUGUCUGUGCUGCGUCAGACCAUGUCCGGGCUGGCCCACCUGCACUCCCUCAGCAUCGUGCACCGUGACCUGAAGCCCUGUAACAUCCUCAUCUCUGUCCCGAAUUGCCACGGGCAGAUCCGCGCCGUCAUCUCCGACUUCGGCCUUUGCAAGAAGCUUCAGGGAGGACGACAGAGCUUCAGCCUCCGCUCCGGGAUCCCUGGCACUGAGGGCUGGAUCGCGCCCGAGGUGCUGCAGGAGGCCCCGAAGGAGAACCCUACCAGUGCUGUGGACAUCUUCUCAGCUGGGUGCAUCUUCUACUACGUGGUGUCGGGGGGACAGCACCCCUUUGGGGACAGCCUGCGGCGCCAGGCCAACAUCCUGGCGGGUUCCUACCAGCUGAGCUGCCUGCAGGAGGAGGCUCACGACAAACUCGUUGCGAGGGAGCUGAUUGUGGCGAUGAUCAGCUCCGAGCCCCAGCACCGGCCCUCGGCCCCUGCGGUCCUUGUGCAUCCCUUCUUCUGGAGUCAGGAGAAGCAGCUGCAGUUCUUCCAGGACGUCAGUGACCGUGUGGAGAAGGAGCCAGCCGAGGGGCCCAUCGUCUCAGCCCUGGAAUCGGGGGGACGGACGGUGGUGAGGACCAACUGGAGGAUGCACAUCUCCCUGCCGCUGCAGAUGGACCUGAGGAAGUUCCGCACCUACAAGGGGGGCUCAGUGCGUGACCUGCUGCGGGCCAUGAGGAACAAGAAGCACCACUACCACGAGCUGCCGGCCGACGUCCAGGUGGCCCUGGGCUCUGUCCCCGAGGGCUUCGUGCAGUACUUCACCUCCCGCUUCCCGCGGCUGCUGCUGCACACGCACGGGGCCAUGCGGGUCUGUGCCCACGAGCGCACCUUCCAUGCCUACUACUGCCAGGGCCUGAGGGACGACGGCGCCUGAGGGCCGCGGGUUGUGGCUGAGGGCUGCGGGUCCUGCCUGAGGGCCACUGGUCAAGCCUGAGGGCCGCGGGUUGUGGCUGAGGGCCACAGGUCGUGCCCGAGGGCCACGGGUCAUACCUGAGGGCUGUGGGUCAUGCCUGAGGGCUGCGGGUCCUGCCUGAGCGCCGUGGGUCCUGCCCGAGAGCCACCGGUCAUACCUGAGGGCCACUGGUCAUGCCUGAGGGCCGCGGGUCCUGCCUGAGGGCCACUGGUCAUACCUGAGGGCCACAGGUCGUGCCCGAGGGCCACGGAUCAUGCCUAAGUGCCACAGGUUGUGCCCGGGGGCUGCAGCCACUCUCCCCACCCGGGCUCUCUCUCAUGGCUGUCCUGCUGCUGGGCCAGGCUGGGCUCCACAGGCGAGGCACAGGGCAGCAGAGGUGGGCACAACUGGAGUUCCCUGAGGGACCCUCUGGGCAACCACCUUUGCAAACACUCAGAGUCAGACUCAGGUGUGAAGGCUUUUGGGUCAGAAAACAAAGACAUCUCAGGUGGACACAGUGCUUGGAGAAGAAAGAGGAAAACACGCUGUGUUUUCACAGGGACAGCCACAGCCGGACCUUGGCACAGCUGCCAGGCUGCCAUCAGUCCUGGGGACAUUCAGCAGGGACAGAAAGCUUUGUCCCACGGGUUCUCUCCUGUGGCAGGGAACGCAGCUCCUUGAGCUGUGCCCAGGACCAGCUCCUGACGCUGGAGCUGCCCCUCAGCCCCGGCAGGGCUGUGCUCAGCCAGGCCAGGCCGAGCAGCCACGCUGGGGCUGGCACCCGCCUGUGGCAGCCAGGCCGUGAGGGCACAGCCCCACCAUCAAAGUGUGCCUCUCAGCUGGGCUCAGAACACGGUUUCUCCCUUAGGGUCCCCAGCAGCCUGUACCUGUGCCAGGCCUGGUGGCACAGCAGUCCAGGAACAGUUGUCCCUGGGCACAAAGGAGGGAGUUCCUGUCCGCUGGGAUCCUUCCCUCACAAACAGGCCUAUGCCUGCAACUCCCCCAGCCUCUCCUGCUGCCCAGAGCAGGUAUCCCAUGGGUGCUGUGGUUCAUGGCAGCCCCAUGGGCAUGCGUUCCCUGCAAGCCAUCCUCCAGCACCAGCUGAGCCCAUGGGCACAGAGAGCCCCACAGCAAAGUUCCUCUGUGGAACAACAAUAAUUUUGUAUAGUGCGAUUCCUGUGUGUGCUGGGGUGUGGGAUUUUGUUACACAGGUAACAGGGUUUGUACCAGGUUUCUUUUCAGAAUAUAUUUAUACAAUAUGUUGUAAAAAUUAAAAAAUACAACCUAAAAA